UCUCUCCCUGACACUGUCUGUCUGUCUGUCUGCCCGCCUGCCCGGCUUUCUGACUUUCUCCCUCAAAGAGAGUCUAUGUACAAGCCAGAAGGACGUGGGAUGGUCCACAGACGCUAAGAGCCAGGGAGAAAGAUACCCUACCCCACUGGAGCCUAGGGAAACCCAGGCACCCAGCAGACUUUCUGCUGAGGGGGCACGGAGCUCUGAAUCGGGCAGAGGAGACGUGUGUAUGUGCUCGUGUGUGUGUGAACGGAAGGAGACGAGGAGGAGCCCCUGAAACCAAGAUUUAUCUUUCAUCUUUGCACAGGGGGGGAAAAUGCAACUUGAGAGAUGGAGGUUCUGCGGCGCUCGUCAGUGUUCGCGGCGGAGGUGAUGGAAGUCUUUGACCGCUCCCCCACCGAUAAAGAGCUGGUGUCCCAGGCCAAAGCCCUAUGCCGGGAGUACAUCCAUUCCCGGCUCAUCCGGGCCGGGCUGGUCUGGAGCAAGCCCGAGUACAAGGCGCCGACGCCCGGUGGGAAGCUGGCCGAGGUGUCCGGCAUCCUCCUCCGGCUGGGGGACGAGUUGGAAUACAUCCGGCCCAACGUCUACCGCAACAUCGCUCGACAGCUCAACCUCUCUCUGCAGUCGGAGACCGUGGUGACUGACGCCUUCUUGGCUGUGGCCACCCAGAUCUUCGCAGCAGGAAUAACAUGGGGCAAAGUGGUCUCCCUCUAUGCUGUGGCAGCAGGCCUGGCUGUGGACUGUGUGAGGCAGGCUCAACCAGCCAUGGUCCACACCAUUGUCGACUGCUUGGGAGAGUUUGUCCGGAAGACGCUGGUGACGUGGCUCAAGAGGAGAGGAGGAUGGGCAGACAUCAUGAAGUGUGUGGUGAACACUGACCCCAGCCUUCGAUCCCACUGGCUCGUGACCGCUCUCUGCAGCUUCGGUCACUUCCUGAAGGCCAUCUUCUUUGUCCUGUUACCAGACAGAUGAGUGCCCGGUGCCCCCUAAACCUUAGGGCCGGGUCUCCCCUUCCCCGGCCAGAGCAGGGCUGCCCCUGCGCAUCCUGGACUCUGGGGAUGGGAAGAAGCAGAGGAAAGUGCUUGUCUCUCCAGCAGGGAAUGCUUGGGCCUGGUUCUAAAAUGUCUUUCACUUUGGGAAUAGGCAGCUAUCUCUGCCUGGGAGCAAGCCUUUGAAGGAUCUCAUUUCCCUCCCUAGUGGCAGAGAUGUCAGUGUGAGAGCAAGGAAUUCUGGGAAGCUGCUGGACCAGCUCCCCCCCCAUGCUCAGCACUCAGCUGCAUUUCUCUAAACUAAAAAGAGACUGUCUCCUCUGGCUGGUCUCUUGUUUCUGCUCCUUCCUGUGGUGUCAGUGGUCAACCUUCUCUUUUUAAAAGCCAUCUAUGUCUCCCCUUCCCUUUGCCCCCACACUCAAUCAGUGGCAGGUUCUCAUCACCUUCCCUGGGACUUCUAUAACUCAGUCUCCUUGACUCCAAUCUCUCCUCUCUUCAUCCCUCCUCCAGAGCGCUGACACAAGGCUGACUGUGGCACUUCCCUGCUUAAAACCCCUCCGUGGCUCCCUAGUGCCUCUAGACAAUUCCCUGGGCUGGCUUUUGUUUCUACAUCACAAUUAUGCGCAAUUGUCCAGUGAACCUUUCCUUUGCAUAAAGAACAUCGGUUAAGAAAAAUGAAUUGACAUGAAAUUAAAUUAAUUAAAUGUGUUUGCUGCCUUGUGCAGCAUCUGCACCUGUUGUCUUCCUCCACUCCAAGAAACAGAGGGAGGGACAUUCCUUCAUCUCUUUCUUUUAUGUGCUUAGUCAUGUGAUUUCCCAUCAGGCUCUCUGUUCUCUGGCCAGACUGGGCUCCUGGGUCAUUCCCCAAAUCCCCCACCCACAUGCACUUGCACAAGCUGUACCACAGUGUAGGGAACACACUCCCUCGUCACUGCCCCUUCCAGGAUCAGUCCUUCCUAGCCCUCCCCUCCCCUCCCCCUUCAGCAGUUACUGUUCUCAUUCUUUAUUGACUUUGUAUUUAUUUAUCUGUAUACAUGUGGAAUUCUCUAAAUGGAAUGGAAACUCCUUGAAGACCAGGACUGCUUCACCUUUGCCUUUCUACCCCAGCAUCUAGCAUAGUCCCUGGAACGUGGUAGGCACUUAACAAAUGCUUGUUGAUUGACUGAUUGACCCCCACGAUUCCUAAAACUUCCUACCCCUUCAGAUUAUCUUAUAUCUCGCAUUUACUUCUCCGGGUGACUUGUAACUCUGAGUAGAGUGUAAGCUCCCUCAGGGCAGGGCUUGUCUUCAUUCUUCUUUGUGUGCUUGGCACCUGGUAGCUACCUAAUAAAUGUUUGUCGAAUGAAUGAAGCCAAAGAGAAGUCAGCCCUGUCCUCCCCCCACUGUCCUCCAAGCUGGUCCUGAUUUCAGUCUGCCAGAGGUGCACACGACUCACCCACUUUUGAAAACUCUCAGCCAAAAAGAUGUUCGAUCCUCCCCAGUGAAUUUAGGAGGGGAGGGCUCUGGCCCAGUGAGCUUCCAGUCUUUUAAGCCUCAGGCUCGGCUUGCUUUUGGAAGCAGGCUUUGAAAUGAGCAGGAGUGAGGAAGGGUACAAUGACUGUGGAAGAAAGGCGUGGCUCGGCUUGCUUUUGGAAGCAGGCUUUGAAAUGAGCAGGAGUGAGGAAGGGUACAAUGACUGUGGAAGAAAGGCGUGGCCUGCCGGGCAUUCUUGUCGGGGAGAAUCAGUUUUGUGGACUGGAAAACAUUCUGGUUAGGACUUUCUUCCACCCACCCCCUUCCUUGCUAUAUUGGAAAAAGGUUUCCUGAUCUAAAGAUGUGUGUGUGUGUG